AUGCCGGACGACCAUAGAACUGACGAAGAGAGAGGGGCAGCCUCGUCCAGACAGCCUGCCACCGCUACGAUAGACGACCACGACCCAGACAGAGCAGACAACGACAACCUACUCCCCUUUGGCCUUGCAAACGACGGCCCGUCAGUGGUUCCAGUCUGGCUGGCUGAGAGCUCAAAGUCAUUCCGCUGGGGCUGGGUCCCGCUGCCGUUGCGAAAGGCCGGCCGCGCAGCGAUCAAGUGGCUUAAGGGCCCGGAUCCGCCGCACGAGUUACGAUUCGAGCCGCUGUUCCCUGGCAUACAGGAGGCGCCGGUCGCCUUUCUGGAGCGCUAUUUUCCAAAGAAGAAACAGAAGAUAUUCCUGCUGCUGGGCCUGUACUUUGCGUGGUUUAUGUCCUGGGGCCUGACGCUGCGGUAUUCAGUCUCGACCAGUGCACAUCGCUGUGGUAUCAACGGUUACGACUGUCGCCCUUUUGAAUCUUCCUCGUUCGCAUUUCGAUGUCCUGCGUUCUGUACGAGCGCACAACUGCUCAACCCAUACACAGUAGGAAACAAAACGUUAAACUACCAGCCUCUUAUCGUCGGUGGCCCUGCACCUGGGGCACCCGAAGGAGAUGGCGUAUAUCGUGCGGAUAGUUAUGUUUGCCAGGCUGCAAUCCAUGCUGGCGUUGUGUCUGGCGCCCAUGGAGGAUGCGGCGUCGUGAAGCUGGUAGGCUCUUCCGACGAGUACCACAGCAGUGAAGCGAACGGGUUUAACUCUACGGCAUUCCCGUCAAGGUUUCCCAAGUCGUACAAGUUCGUCAAGCUGGAAGGGAAAGAGUUCGAUUGUCCACAGGAUAUGCGAUGGAUCCUCCUUGCAAUCACCGCGACAACUCUUGCACUCCUAUCGAUUUUUACCACAUCUCCCGCUGUUUUCUUCUUCAGCACCUUCGUCAUCCUCAUCAUGCAUGUCGGGCUUGUCUCGGACCCCCCUGGUGUCUCUGGUUUGCCUGAGUUGCUCUCUUUGCUAUUCUCCCGCCUUCUACCGGCCAGCUUUAUUGCAUAUGUGUUAUACCUAUAUUGCGCUGUGCCGCUGCUUAAGCCUCUCUCCUCUCCGCCAAUAUACCAGAUCACCAGGACCAUCCUGUACCUGGGCCCUGCAUUCAUUGGAGCGCUUAAUAAUUAUACCUUUGCAAGCUGGAUACCGAUCCAACGCCUCACUCCACACGACAUACAGAACCAACCAGGUGCUCCUCUCGCAUUAGCUAUCGUUUUGACUAUCGUCAUCACGAUAGUCCUCACGCAAGCAUGGCAGAUCCGACAAGGAGGUCUCUUCUUCCACUUCAUCAGAAUUUACCUCGUCAUCGCCGUCUCCAUAUUUAUCCUUCUUGCCCUCCCAGGACUGCGUCUGCGUAUUCAUCACUAUAUAUUGGCCAUCCUUCUCAUGCCAGGAACAGCAAUACCUACACGCCCUUCUAUCGUAUAUCAGGGUCUUCUCCUGGGCCUAUUUGUCCACGGUGUUGGGAGAUGGGGGUUUGCAUCCAUCAUCGAGACUCCUGUUGCGUUAGGGGAACUACCAAGUGUCGGCACUUGGUGGGGCGCGACAUCCCCUAAUAUCACAAAUUCAUCCGUCACUGUCUCUCUUGCCUCUCCGCACGAGAGCCACUACUAUCCCGGCAACGGCAACAUUACAUUCAAGCUGUGGGACCGAGCACUGAUGGACAAGCUACAUGUCGAUGGCGUUAGUGUGCUGGUCAAUGACGUAGAACGCUGGCGCGGAUAUCUGGAUGAAACUAAAAGGGGAAUGUUCACAUGGCACCGUCGUGGCCGUCAGGGGCUAAGCACUAGCGAACUCGACAACCUUUCUACGAUGGGACAGGCUCCGUUGAAGGAUGAUUAUGACGAUGACGAUGAUGAUAUCAAGUCACCUCCACAGGAUUUGUUUUUCCGAUUUGCAUUUUUGCGUGGUUCGAGCGCUGGGUUAUACGGUGGUGUUGGUGUUUGGUUAAGAGAUGGGACUUGGGUGCCACCGCCUCAACCAAGAGCAUGA